GCUGCUAUGUGGGCACCCACGUGGGCCGAUACGCUCAAAAAGGACCUGCUGAAGGGAUACGAUCCAUCGAUACGGCCAUCGCAGCACUACAACGUAACGACUGUCGAGACGAGCAUUACUAUCACACACGUGGAGAUCAACGAAAUCAAAUCAACGCUGUCGGUGUAUGGAUGGAUGAAGUUUAGCUGGAAUGAUCCUAAGCUAACGUGGAACCCUGCCAACUAUGGAAACCUGAACGUGGUCCGUUGGGAUCCGACGAUCGUAUGGAGGCCGGAUGUUGUGCUAUACAACAAUGCCGGCGGAUCGGACCAGCAUCACUACGGCGAUACGAACGUGCUGGUUUACAGUGAAGGAAAAGUGUUGUGGGUACCACCGACCGAGUACCAUGCAUUCUGCGAGCUAAACAUGCGUCUGUGGCCAUUUGACUAUCAGAAAUGCAUGCUUAAAAUUGGAUCCUGGACGUUCGACGGUUUCAUGCUGAAUCUGACCCUUGGCAGUGACCCUCAGAUCGAAACGCUGGUCAGCAACUCGGAGUGGAAAAUUGCCAAGAUUAGCAUGGAACGAAAUACCCGUUACUACCCCUGCUGCACGGAACCAUACAUCGACGUUACAUACAACGUGACACUUCAGCGCCAAUCGGAAACGCACCGUGCCAUCGUAAUAAUACCGGCUUUGGUGAUUAUGAUACUGGCACUAUCCGUUUUCUGGCUUCCGUUAGAUUCGGGCGAACGGAUCAUUACUAACGGUAUCAUUGCGCUUAUGGUUACGAUCUAUCUGGUUUACUUCGCUCAACAACUGCCGGCCAUUUCGGGACACACACCGCUGAUUGUAAUAUUCUUCAGCAACACGCUGCUGCUGACCGCGUUCAGUACGAUCAUCUGUGUGAUUGUGCUGAACGUUUCCAAGUCGAAGCACCAGCGAAGUUUGCCGAACAUGUUGAAACGGUUGGCCGGCUGUGUUGGACCUUUUGUGGGCGUUGGCAAGAAGCACUUUAGCUUCAGCGACAAGGGCAACGUUACGAUCGAGAGCAGCAUCGAUCACGAGUGGAGCAAGUUUGGGCUGGUGCUGAACCGUCUUUCGUUUGUUGUGUAUUGCAUCAUUUUCAUCAUUUGUGCUUUCUACAGCUUCUAAGUGUGCCAAUCUU